GUAUAACUUUUGUUUCAGAUAUCUAUAAUACAUACGAAUAUUUCUUUCUCUAAAUAUUAUGCACUGAUGUAUUGGGUGUAUCUGAUUUUGUGGUAACAUACAAAAAAGAAUAAUUUUGUUGAUCGUCUCAUCUUCUAACCAAGGUCAAUAACAAUAUAAUACAACGAAGUCGAUACGCGCUGAGCACCCGACGUACAUCGUAGACGAAUCUACUGCUAAUCGAGGUGCAAGAUCCAAAGUUGCAAGCAGUAUGCAAGCGAUAAAGUGUGUUGUGGUCGGAGAUGGAGCUGUUGGUAAAACAUGUCUCUUAAUCAGCUACACUACCAAUGCAUUUCCUGGAGAAUACAUUCCUACUGUGUUCGAUAAUUAUUCAGCUAAUGUUAUGGUUGAUGGACGACCUGUUAACUUAGGUUUGUGGGAUACUGCAGGACAAGAAGAUUAUGACAGACUUCGACCUCUAUCAUAUCCUCAGACUGAUGUAUUCUUGAUCUGUUUCUCUCUUGUAUCACCGGCAUCGUAUGAAAACGUCCGUGCAAAAUGGUACCCGGAAGUGUCCCACCACUGCCCAAACACCCCGAUUAUUUUAGUCGGGACCAAGCUCGAUCUUCGUGAUGACACGGAAACGAUAAAUCGUCUCAGAGAAAAAAGGCUUGCUCCUGUGGGUUACCCAUCUGGUCUUUCACUGGCUAAGGACAUUCGUGCUGUGAAAUAUCUUGAGUGUUCAGCUCUUACUCAAAAAGGUCUUAAAAAUGUCUUUGAUGAAGCAAUCCGUGCAGUUCUCUGCCCACCGGUCAAAGAACGCAAGAAAAAAAAUUGCGAUAUUCUUUGAAAAUUGAUUGCAUUCUUAAUAAUUAUACAAUUGAAAAAAGUAAGUCAGUGCGAUAAUUUCUUAACUAAUAGAGGAGUAUUUGUGCAACAGUGUUCUGACUUAGCAUGCCCCCUUACGCUACGUAGUCUGUAAUUUUAAACUUGCUACUACUCGACGCAAUGCUAUCAUCGAAGAAUUAAUUGUACUGAUAUUGGUAGUUUCCGUUAUCAAAUCAAUUAAAUAUUAUGAGCAAGUAAUAUCAUCUUCAUGAAUUUUCUUACAAUAAUUUGAAUCUCUUACUGAGGAUAUGACGAAAUAUAUACAUCUAUAAAUCUUCAAAUAGCAGAAAUUUGAUUUAAAAUAUAUGGAAAUGUAGAAAAGUCAAUUAGGAUUGGAGAAACUGAAAUCCCAGAUAUUUUAUUUUAUCUCACCUAAAUGUAGAUGUAUAUGUUUUAUCCACACACCCUCGAUCAAAAGAAAAAUACAAAUCGAAAAAAAAAAUUUCAGAUUUUCAAAGAAGCAAUUGACCAAUUUUACCAAUAAUAUUUGAGUAUUAAUUGCCCAUGAACAUUCAAAGCAAUAAUUUCGCCAAUUGAACCAUUCUGAAAAUGUAGGCUUUCAGAAUUUCAAAGUAGCAAUUUUAAUUAUUAUACAGAGCAUGUUGGGGUACAAUUCCAUAGGACUACAUUCAAAUUACCUGAAAUGUUUUUUUAAGAUAAAAGUGACACAUGCGGCAUGCCUAUGUUUUUGAAUGGAUCCUACUCCUAAGUUCGAAAAUCAAAAAAAAAAUUAUUUAGUGAAUUUUAGGAAAAAUUGUUUGUGUUUAAUAGGGACAAUCUUUGAUUUUAUAUCACAGAAUUCAAGUAUAGGUUAUGUAAAGCCAUUCUUAGUUCAAGAAUGUUGUUUUGCUUAUUGUGGCGCAUUUCGGAGUCCUUUCUAAAUUUUUAUAUUCUCAAAACCACAUUUCGUAUACGCUGGACUUUUUGGAAUGAAAAUUUUCCUACAACUUCAAAUUAGAAAAUCGUACAUUGCUUAUAAUAUUCAUCAAUUCAAUGUUUUAUAAAAACCUCAUAUUUCAUAUCGGCAACUGGUUUUUGUUACAAUUUCAUCGAAUGAUACAUUUUUCAUCAAUAUCCGCUUGUAUGUGACUCCAUUUGCUUUUUGCAAUGCUUGGUGUACUUUUGUGACAUUUUGGUAAAUUUUCGUUUAAUUCAGAGUAAUACUCAACAAAAACGUAGAAUUAAUCGUUAAAACAAUGUUCCGUUUUUUUUUCUUCAAUAAAGAUUCUAGAAUUUCUCAAUGUUGAACAAAACUUGUUAAUUUUAACAUUUUUUUAGUUCACCCACUUUUAAAACAAUGCCACGUGGCUUCUGUCAUUAUUUGUUUCCUGUUGUCAUUCAUUGCUAAACUUUAAGUAUAAAUCCUUCUGUUUUUGACAUUGUACUUUCAUGUCAUAUCCGGUACUUACUUCUAGCACAGAGCAAUUUAUAGAUGUAUGUAUUUAACUAAUUUGAGAGGUCAAUGAAUUAUUUCUCUAUUUGAUAAAAAAAGAAUUUCAGUUUUGCCAACAACGUUAGUUAUUUUAUUUUUAAUCACCUUAUUCGAUUUACCUUCGGUAUGGAGUAGUUGAAUCGUUUUCUAUUUAGUUCGAUUCAUAUUAUAUUUUCAUGAUAUAGAACCAUUUUUACAUUAUCAAUUUCCAAAAACUGACUACGAAUUGUCAUAUUUUUCUCUGUGCUUAUGUCUCAAUUCAUUUUUCUUUGUAUAUAAUUUAAUGCAUAACUCACACAGUAGCAAAUUAUGCUUAGCUGCUUUAUGGUAUUAUUAAAUAUCUUGGAAUGAAAUUUGA